AUGGUUUCCAGUGCCUGGUGUGCUCUUAGCGCUGCGUGCCUGGCUGGGGUCCUGGAGACCUUCCUAGAGUUUGCCCAGAUACCAUCAUGCAAGGUGGUACUGGGGACUGCCCUCUUCCUUGGGGUCGGAGGCCUCCUCGUGUGGAUUGAGAGGAAGAGAAGGCGGAAGUCAAACUGGGGGAGUUCACAGGGCCGGCCGGAAUGCCGCCAAGGUAAAAAUGACAACUGGAUCAAAUCUCACUUUAGCCGCUUCUCGGAAGACAAGUUGCUUCGGAAGAAAAGUGGCGGCAGCAACAUGGGUGUCUCCACGGCUAACAGCAGCAUCGUCACUGCCAAACUGUGUGACAGUAGCUGCGAAAAGACCCCCACCCUUCAGAGGGAAUCUGUCAACAGCGUAAAGGAAGGAGGAAAGGAGACCAGCCAGCCGGGUGCUGGGACCCCGGUGGUCCAGAAUGGCUACAGGGAGAGUGCGAAAGCCUCGGCCACAGAAGAUGGCAUCUGGGCCACCGUGGCCGCCUGUGCCAGAGAAAUUGAUACUAAGGGGCGGCAGCUGGCAAACUCCAUGAUGACUUGUGCCAACAGUUACCAGCAGUCGGGCCACCUGGAGAGCAAGGACUUAAGCCCAGAGAUGCUCAAGGGCUUUGAGGACGUGGAGAUGAAGAUGAAGACAAAUUUCAUCUCCCAGGGAGAAACUGGCAUUGCGGGAAUGAGCCAUCCACCAUCCCUCCACAACCAUCAAAGCCAGCAUAGCCACGGGACCCUUCCGGACCACCCAAGCCAGCACAGCCACGGGACCCUUCCGGACCACCCAAGCCAGCACAGCCAUGGGAUCCUCCAGGACCACCAAACCCAGCAGAGCCACGGGAGCCUCCAGGACCACCAAAGCCAGCAGAGCAACCUAAACUCUGUACAGGACCAGAAGAGCACCCUCACCGCCCUGCAGAGUCAGCAGAGCAACGUGAACUCUUAG